UUGGAGAGAGCAAACGGGGCGGCUUUCUGCGGAGGGAAUGAUGAGAGAGUGACAAAAUUGAGCGGAGAGAGACCUGGAACAACCCUAGGAGCGAGAGAGAGGGAGAGAAAGAUAGCGAGGGGUUGUGGAAAAGCUUUUUCGUUUUAGUUUCUUCGUGUAGACAGAAAAGGAGAAGGCAAAUCUGGAGAAAGGAGAAAGGUUAUUUUUAAAUUCAUGUAGUUGACAUUGUUUUCUCACGAUGGUGUGGCUCGUGAUUGUUCUUUCACUUAUUGUCACCUGGGUUGUUUCUUUGUGCAAAAUUUUCUGCGGAUCAUGUUCUCUCUCAAAGGCCACAUUUUUGAACAAUGGUGAAACUGUGCAAAAGAAGAAUAUAUUACUUAUUGUUGCCCAUCCAGAUGAUGAAUCUAUGUUCUUUUCUCCAACUAUUAAUUAUCUAACUUCAAGAGGACAUAAUCUUCACGUGUUAUGCUUGUCCAUUGGUAAUGCAGAUGGUAAGGGAAAUGUCAGAAAGGAUGAAUUCUAUCAGGCCUGUGCGGUGCUUAAGGUUCCACUCCAACAAGUAAAGAUUCUUGACCAUCCGGAUUUGCAGGAUGGUUUUGGUCAGCUCUGGAGCCAUAAUUUGUUGGCAAAGGUCAUUGAAGGCGAAGUUACUAAACAUGGCAUUGGCAUAGACUUGGUAUGACCUUUGUUUCUAUAUCAGUUAAGUUGACUGUGUAUGAUUAAUAUCUCCUUUUAAGAUUUCUGGCUUUGUGUGUGUCUGUUGGGGAAUUCCCACUGGGAAGCAUCUGCUUGAGG